CGCUAAGCUGACCACGAAAUUGUAGAAUUCUGACUUUUUUCCAUUAUGCCGCUUCGCGAGCAAGGAGCGAAAGAACCAAGUGGGCUGUGGUGAUGUUAGAAUUUGCACCUAUUUGUAUCUAUUUAGUGAUCAGUCUGCUAGUUUCUUUGAUCCCACUCGGUGUUCCUUUUCCAUUUGCUUCCAAUUGUUCAACCUAUCCAGAAAAAUUGUCGGCCAAUGAAUGUGGUUUCGAUCCUUUAGGUGAUGCCAGAAGUCAUUUCGACACAAUUUUAUUUAUUAUCCCUGAUCCGAAAGUAACCUUUUCCUUUCCUUGGGCAGUACCUUUCAACAAGAUUGAUCCGUUUGAAUCAUGAUCCAUGAUGGCCUUUUUAUUGAUUUCGACAAUUAGAUCUCUCUAUUUAUGGAAAAGGGGUGCUUCAGAUCGGGAGUAAUCACUAGUGAUAGAGCAAAAAUAGGGGGGAAGGACAAAGGAAAGAGCGACACCCACAUUAAAUCAAUUGAUUCGUCAUGGUAGAGAA